AGGAAGUAUAGGGAAGAGGUUACUCCCCAGCAUUCUCAGGUAUCCAAAGCAUACCUAAGAAGCUGGCAGUCCGUUGCUUAUUCUAUUGCCGCCAUACAGUCUAAGCACUUUGGUAGCCAGAACCCAAGUUGUAAGAUUACGAUCGUCCACCCAACCAUGGAAGAAUUUGAAGAUUUCCGCAAAUAUAUUGUUUUCAUGGAGUCGCAAGGUGCACACCGAGCUGGCCUAGCCAAGGUAAUUCCACCUAAAGGAUGGAAAGCCAGACAGACGUACAGUGAUAUCGAUGACAUCUUAAUAGUCGCUCCCCUCCAGCAGGUGACCACUGGGCAGGCAGGUGUGUUUACUCAGCACUGCAAAAAGAAGAAAGCCAUGACCGUGAGCGAGUAUCACCUCUUAACAAACAGUGAAAGACACCAGACUCCAUUCUACUCUGAUUUUGAGGAUCUGGAGCGAAAAUAUUGGAAACCACGCCCCUAUGAUUCACCAGUAUAUGGUGUGGACGUCAGUGGCUCCUUAUUCGAUAAAAACCCGAAGCACUGGAAACUUGGACACCUGGGAACCAUUCAGGACCAGCUGGAACAGGAGUGCGGAGUGGUCAUCGAAGGCGUCAACACCCCCUACCUUUACUUCGGCAUGUGGAAGACCGCAUUCGCCUGGCACACAGAGGACAUGGACCUUUACAGCAUCAGCUACCUGCACGUCGGGGAGCCCAAGACUUGGUACGCGGUGCCCCCGGAGCACGGCCGGCGCCUGGAAUGCCUGGCCAGGGAGGUUUUCCCAGGCAGCUCGCAGGGCUGUGAGGCCUUCCUGCGGCACAAGGUGGCUCUCUUCUCUCCCAAGGUCCUCAAGGACAACGGCAUCCCCUUCGGUCGGGUCACUCAGGAGGCUGGAGAGUUCAUGGUGACAUUUCCCUAUGGUUACCACUCUGGCUUCAACUGCGUGGAAGCCAUCAAUUUUGCCACCCAGCGCUGGAUCGAUUAUGGCAAAGUGGCCUGGGAAUAGGGCUCUGACCUUUGGAAAGAUCUUCAUCAGAAUAAGGGAGAUUUCAGGUGGGACUUUAACAGAGCCAGCAGAUCACUGACAUUCACUAAGUUGACAACAGCCAUUCCAGCUAUGUAUGAGCAACAGCAAAUCACUGCAGUCAAUAUUUUGGAAUUGUGCUGAGGCCC